CUCUCCAACAGCUCUGUGAAUGGCACUGGGGGCCUGCCAGGGCUGCUCUGUGCUGGGGGUCAGCAGUGUGACAACAGGUGGCAGUCCCCCCUCCCUCCCCAGCAGGAGUGGUGGUCUAGAAGGCAGAAAGAAGACCUCAGGACACUCCAGGCCAACAGGUCCCCUGCAAGCCACGUGCACAGCCUGUUGGGCAAGAAAGGUCAAUGUGCAUUGCCCGGUGGGACAUCACGCAAUGGAAAGUAAAUCAAAGUUAAAACCCAAAGCCCUUCCAUCAGCAGAGGAAUCUGCCGGGCCACACAGCAGACAAGCAUUUCGCCUUGCUGCAGGGUAUUGCAGGCUUCUCAGUCAACAGGGGGUGAUUACGAGCCACCACGCCAGUGGUGACAGAGGAAGCUCAACCCCGGGGAAAUGCGUUGAGGAGGGGUGGGGGUGCUUCCUCGACCAACAUUGCUGCUGUCACAACCACCAGCAAGUGGUCAUCGCAGGACACCUUGCUGGUCACAUGCCAGGACCACUGCUACAAGGGCUCAUCGUGCCUGCACAUCGCACCGCAGCUGGUCUGGAGGAACAUUCACGCUUUCCGAGCAAGCAAGCAAGCAGGAACUGUGCAUCUUGAUAGACCCAAAAUGAACCCUAGCAGCUGCAAUAUCACAGCCUAUGAAAGCUUUCCACUUGUCCAGCUGUGUGUUUACAUCCCAGUUUUGCUUUUGGGCAUUUUGCUGAACAUGUCGGCGCUGUGGGUGUUCUGCUGCAAACUCGGCAAAUGGACAGAAACCAGAGUAUACAUGGUCAACUUGGCUGUGGCUGACUGCUUGCUGCUGUUUAGUUUGCCUUUUAAAACUUUAUCCCACUUCAAUCAGCUGAAGGUAGGUAGCUGGUGCUUGGUUCUUGAAGGUGGCUAUUUCAUAAACCGCCUAAUGAGCAUCGGUAUCAUCACUGUCGUAGCAGCUGAUAGGUAUCUUGCAAUCAAGUACCCAUUGAAAGCCAAGGUGCUGAGGUCACCCCUGAAGGCAGCUUGUGCCUCUGGAUUUCUCUGGAUAGUCGUCAUCUGUGUGAUGUCCCUCAUUAAAAAGUUAGAGGACAGAGGACAAGAUGAACUUUGCUUUGAAAAACCUUCCGUUAAGCCCUCAGUGAUCACACUGUGUGCUGUUAUUGUAGGGUUUUUCAUACCAUUGAUCAUCUUGAGUUAUUGCUCCAUACAAGUCAUUGCAGAACUCAUGAGAAAGAAGAAUGAAUAUUGUCACAAGGAAAAGUCAAUCAGGAAGGCCAUCUACAUCGUGUCUGCAAACAUGGCUGUGUUCAUCAUAUGCUUUUUACCUCUUUACCUCGGGCAUCUCCUUCGCUUUAUAAUGGACUCCACCAGCUCCAACUGCUCUGCAAUACAGUGGGUCAAUAAUUUUGUUCACCUUGCCUCAGUCCUCGCAAACACAAACUGCUGCCUGGAUGCUAUUUGUUACUACUUUGUCAACAAGGAAUUUAAGGAAGCGUCUCCCAAGCUAGCAAAGUCCAAAUUUGAAGCCAGUGAAGAAGCUGACAUUCAGCUCCCACAUGUAAUGCAUUAAUGCAAAACCCAUGCAGCUCACAUUUGAUACUUGCUAUGUUCAAGUUCAACUGGGACUCAAUAGCAGGCUUUCCCACUUUCUUUCUGUGAGUGGGAUUGAGGGACUUUCUACUAAUGGGAAUGAUUUAGACACAUGAAAAUUAGCCCUGAUUCAGGCAACCAUAGCAGUCCAGAUCCUGAUGUAAUGAUCUAGCUUGCUAUGGAUAAUUCUCUGCCAAAACAAGUACAGCCAGUGGUAAAGGUUUUUUUUUAUCACUCACCCUCACAUUGGAUCAGCUUUUAUACAGCUGUAGCUGUGACAUAUAAACAGAGGUUAUUCCAAAUAUAAAAAGAUUUUUUAAAAGUCUAAGUGAAACCACUUAGAAGAAAAAGAAAGGAGGAUGUUUUUAUAAAUCACAAACAUCUUGUUUUUUAGUUGGUAAUAAUGCAUAGCCACGGUAGCAGAGACAGUUUUAGCCUGCUUUAGAUAGCUUCACAAAACCAUUCAUACUAUGUAACAGCUACAAAAUGGUCAUCAAUUUCAGUACAAGGUGAUAAGAAAUUGCAAGUGCUUUGACUGGGGAAAAAAAAUUUACGUCAAAAGUGUUUGAGUAAAAUGACAUUAAAACUCCUAUCCAAAGAGUUGAGGUGGGGCAGUGGGAAUAAGGACCCUGUAUUAGGGGUUUAUUCAGCCUUAUAAUGCAAAGGACUGUCUAAAGAAAGUGGCAGCAAGCUGUUCCAAAGAAACCAACAUAAAUAAAGUUGUGUUACUAGCACAGA